GCGCCGUCCGGUGGCAAAGAGAGAGAGUGAAAACAUUCUUUAUAAAACCCUUUCAUUUGUGUAUGUUUGCAAAAAUAUAGAAGUCAUGUGUACUCUACAAGAACUAGAGGCUUCAGCGGCGAUAAUGAUGGCAUCACCUACCAUUGUUACACCACAACAACGUCAUGAGGCAGAACAAGUUUUCAUGAAACUCAGAAAGUCUAAAUCACCCUACAUCUUCUGUAAACAAGUCCUUGAGCAAAGUACAAAUGAUUACGUCAUGUUCCAAGCAGCUUCCACCAUCAAAGAUGCUGUUCUUAGAGAGUGGGCAUUACUGGGAAAGGAAGACAUAGAGUCCUUGAGGACAUUUCUCCUGACCUUUGCCCUCCAGAAGCAAGGGGUUCAGCGGUAUGUAAAGGAGCAAGUAUUACAAGUUGUUGCUGUCAUGUUCAAAAGAGGUUCUCUAGAUGGCAAUCAACAAGCAUGGAUGUCAUUGUUUAGUGAUUUGACACGACUUAUCACAGGCAAUGAAACAAGCAUGCAAAUACUUGGUUGCUCAAUCCUCAAGGCUUUGCUCAAUGAGUUCUCUUUCAUCAAUCAUUCAAGUGACAUUGGAUUGAGUUGGGAGUUUCAUACACGCUGUAAACAUACAUUUGAGACCAAAUAUUUGAAGGAAGCUUUUUGUCUUGUCAUCCAAGUUCUUAGAUGUUUUGAAGCUGUGGAUGGAAAGUCAAUGUCUCGUGAACAGCUUGUUGCUUUAGUGAGGUUCUUGUCUCUUGCUGAACAGAUUCUUCACUGGGAACACACUGUCUAUAAUCUAAGGAACAGAAAAAAUACUCAAAUUAACCGAGUGAUUCUGCUGAGGCCUGACAAAUCAUGGAAGAAUGUUCUGUUUGAUCCUCAAGUCAUUGGACUCUUUUUUAGUAUUUUAUCCCGUUUUCAAGAGAAUGAAGAACUAUGUCACCAUGGUUUUCAGUGUCUCAUUCAACUCGCAUCACUUUGUGGACCUAUACUGAACAAUAAAACAGAACAAACGCAGUAUCUUGCACACUUCCUGACAUCAUUUCAUAGUCUCACUAACAGUUUAAAGAUGACAAGUCCAGUAGCACUUGGUUUGUCAAGUGUUAUAAACAGGCUGUUGACAGUCUUCCCUGCUACUUGUGUUUCAUCUCUUCCUGUGGAACUCCUACUAACUACACAACAAAUGAUGGCAGACUUGACAUGUGGAUUCUUAGAGGCAGUUACUAAGGAAGAAGAGCUUCAUACUGAGGACACAAGUUACAUGGAAGCUGUAGACCAGAUAUUGGAAUCAUGGGGAACUCUUCUUGAAAAUACAGAUAAAUACCCAACAAGCUUCUUCAAUCAAAGCUCUUUUAAAAUACUUAACACUUAUGUACGGUGCCAUCUUGCUGUGCCCGAUGGACUUCGGGGUUCAUUUAGUAAUGAUAAUGAAGGUCUUCAUAUUGAUGAGAUAUGUGACUUAGAGGGCGAUGAUAGGGAACUGUUUGCUGAUCAAUUGUGUAGUAUUGGUAUGUUUGCAAGACUUACAAUUGAGCAUUCAAUACCAUUGCUAACAAACCUGAUUGAUGACAGAGUACAGAAACUAAAAGGACAACUGGCCACCUUUCAGAAUCCAAACCAAGGUUUGUCCAGUCAAAGUGCUCAUGGUAUUGAGAGUUUAUUCGAGGAUCUUCACUGGCUUCUGCUCAUUGCUGGUCACAUGAUUGCUGAUGAAAGUACCGGUGAAACUCCAUUAAUACCCAAUGAGAUAUUACAGUUUUCAACAGCUCAAGAAACUCAAGUCAACUUGCAAUGCACACUGGAUCAUUUAACAAAUAGUGGAGAACUAGGUACUCCAAGUACAGUACAUGUAGAUCAAACUAAGGUCGAUCCUGUCAUCAAGAUAAUCUCUUCUGUCAUACAUUUGGCCAGUACAGAGAACAAAGCUUUAGCAAGUAACAUGUCUCACUGCUUGAGCCCACAAGUCAGUAGUACAGUGGUAUGGUUUUUACGGCAUUUCUCUAAAUCAUAUCUCCUACCUAAUGAACAUGAAUAUGGACAAUUAAGUACAACACUAGCCUCCAUUUUUGGUGAGGAUACUGUUGGCGGGAAAUGGACAAUUGGAUUUUUACUGGAAAAAGUCAAGACGAAUUUGAUUUACUGGUCAAGUGAACCAGCUCUUGCUGAGGACACAGUUUUACUGCUGCUGAGCCUGGUGGACAGUAAGAAAAGGGCAGAGGUUGCAAUAUCGUUUGAAUGUCUUUGGCAAAUUGGAGAACAGCAUGCAUUGCGACAUGGUCCCAUAUCACAAAUGCCAUCAGAGGCCCAUAGGUAUUUAGUGCAGGCACUAGUUUUAGCAGGGUCUUCUGGAGAGGGACAUCCAUUGCGGGAAAGAUAUUGGAGCCAGUUUCUUCAGUCACUCCAUACUCGUUUCAAUAAUGUCUGUCAUCAACCAAAUUUCAUCAAAAUAUCUCAAGAUGAACACAUUAAGGCUGAACUUCAGAACCUUCUAGAGUCAUUCCGUGGUGUUGCCUUAGCGUCAUCUGCAUGGAAUUCUAACCACCUGUUUCACUUUCUUCUACCAGUGCUGUGCGACAGUGUGUUGUUGAUGAAUGUCUACCAGGACUGCCCUGAGGUGUCUGUCUUGGUUCUGGAAAUGUUUGUAGAUGUUGUAGAAGCAGAGAUUACUUUUUUAGAUUAUGCAGAAGCGGAGAAACUCUACAAAGCCUGUCUCUCUCUUCUUGAGACUUAUGCUAAGUGCAGUUUAGGGAAGCACAGUUAUUCAUCUUUGGUGGAGGAGGAGCAGUACUCUGAUCUUUACCUACUUAUGAAGCUUCUUAGCCACAUUCUGUCGAAAGAUAUUCUAGAUUUUGCAGAAGAGGAAGGCCAUACUAGUGCUGCCGAUGUUACCAUAUAUGGACUAAAUAUUAUUAUGCCAUUGAUAUCUACUGAAAUACUCAAGUUCCCGUCGAUAUGCGAGGAAUACUUCAAGCUAACUACCUAUGUCUGUGAUGUCUAUCCUGAAAAAACCAUGACGUUACCUGAUGGCUUAUUCCAGAAUAUGAUGUCAACACUAGAAGUCGGCUUGGACAACUAUGAUGCUGAGAUUGCAAAGAUGUCGAUGGAGAGCUUGAGUGCUCUUGCUUCUCACUUGUUUCAGAACAAACAACAAGCACAGGAACACAGAGUAGUGGAGGUGGUUCGACAUUUCUUGAGGGUUAUUUUCAAUAUGUUACUCAUCGAAUCGUUUGACAUGGAUCUACUACAACCAGCAUCAGAAGCAUUCUUGGCUUUAAUUUGCUGCAACCAAGAAUAUUACAGUGAACUGGUUCGUGACCUUCUUGCCCAACAGACAGAUCCUGUAGUAACACAACGCCUACUGGCUGCAUUCAACACACUUACACCAAAUGACAUGCGCGUCUCCUUGGACAAAACCAGUAAAACACGCUUUCGAAGAAGUCUUGAUUCAUUUCUUACCAACGUCAAAGGCUUUUUGUUUACUAAAUGAUGGGUUGCCAAGACAAACAAUUAAACCAUAGCAACCGUAGUCCCUAGCAACAUCAGUUGGCGUCAUCAAGUACUGCUUGAAAGAACUUGUAAACAUAAAGAAUGGCAAGAAUAAUAAUAAUGAUAGAACCCUUAUAGACUAUUAACAAACAGUACAACGACAUUAAGGGAAGCAGAAAUCAUACCAAAGAAAACACCCAACAACAAUGAUGUAAUCCAUCACUACUUUCUACAUUAUUUUAUUCAAAGAAAAAUUAUCAUCCUAGAACUAUUUUAGCAAUAAACAUACAGACAAUAUAGUUAUGUCAUUCAUAAGAUAUGAAGAAAUCAGAAAAAUAACAAUAUUAUGGAAUAUCCAUGGAAAAUACCUCAUCAACACCACUCAAACAAAAUCGAUUUGAAACCCAAAGACAUGCACUAUAGUCCACAAAAAUCAAAAAUGACGUA